AUGUUCUGGUGUUGUUCGACCUGGUGAAGUUAUGGCCAUAAUGGGUCCAUCUGGCGCAGGUAAAUCAACCUUACUAGAUUUAUUAGCAGGAAGAAAAGAUCCAAAGAUGAUGUCAGGGGAAAUUUUACUUAAUGGAGGGGCGGGUGAAGUAAAAUACGUCUCACAAUAUGUCAUGCAAGAUGAUGCGCUAAUGGGCGUAUUGACUAUAAAAGAAAAUAUUCAAUUUGCUGCUGACUUAUGUUUCUCUUCCAAUGUGAGUUCAGAAGAAAGACAUUCUCGUGUACAACAAAUUAUAGAAGAAUUUGGUUUAGAUAAUGUUGCUGACAGUAAAAUUGGUACAGUUUUCGUACGUGGUGUUUCAGGCGGUGAAAAACGGCGUGCGUUGAUUGCAUCACAAGUUGUAACCCUACCAAAAAUAAUAUUCUUGGAUGAGCCAACUACCGGCCUUGAUUCUGCUGCUGCCUAUAAUGUUAUGAAAUCCAUUGUCUUGAUGGCUCAAAGACAUAAAUUGACUGUAAUUGCUAGUAUUCAUCAGCCAUCAACUGAAACUUAUUCUUUAUUCGAUAAAUUAUGCUUGAUUGAUAGAGGUCAUAUGAUAUAUUUCGGUAAACGUAAAAAUGCCACUUCUUACUUUGAGAGCUUAGGUCAUGUGUGUCCUCAAUAUUCAAAUCCUGCAGAUCACUUUCUCCGAGUGAUAAACUUUGACUUCAUUCUGAAUAAAACUGAGACAGAAAAGUGUAUUAAUAAUUUCAUUAAUUCUUAUAAUCAAUCCGAAGAAAAUUCUAGUACAUUAACUGAGAUUUGUAGCAUCACAAAGUCUUUUAAUAACAGUAAUUUCUCUUCAUACUCUUUUCAAUCAACUCGUCGUUACGCCCGCAGCUUCUUUGUCCAAACCUGGUUUUUAACCAAACGCUCAUUUAAAAAUGCUAUGUGUAAUAUCUUAAUGUUUUGGAUUCGUGCCGUUAUGUAUAUCUGUCUAGCUUUGUUGAUGGGUUCAAUUUGGUGGCAAAUUGGUUUUUCUCAAAAAGAUAUUCAAGAUCGCUUCUCUGCACAUUUUUUUUCAAUCAAUUUUCUCUCUUUUAUGAGCAUUGCCGGUAUACCUGGAUUUUUGGAAGAACGUUUACUUUUCCAACGUGAACGUGGAAAUAAUUUUUAUUCAGUUGGUUCUUAUGUGUUAGCAAACACAAUAAUUUCUAUUCCAUUUGUAAUGAUUAUUACCACUUCGUUCGCGGUCUUCGCUUACCCAAUGAUUGGUCUAAAUGGCGGAGCUACCAACGCAACCAUUUAUUACGUGCUUCUUUUCCUUGCUGUUUACGUAUCUGAAUCAAUGGUCGUUUUUAUUUCAUCAAUCAUCCCUAUUUUUGUAGCCUCACUUGCCAUAGUUGCUUUCUCUAAUGGUUUCUUUGUAAUGGUUGAAGGUUUCUUACGAAAUAAUGAAAUUCCAAUUUAUUUGAAAUGGGCUCAUUACAUUGAUUAUCAAAAAUGGGCUUUUGAAGGAAUUAUUCAAAAUGAAUUUAUUGGUUUGACUUUUGAUUGCGAUAAAAUCUCCAAUAAUCCAGUACAAUAUCAUUGCAUUUAUGGUGAUUUAACUGGUAACAAAGGGAAUUUUACUGGUAAAGAUGUCUUGGAUAGCUAUGGUUACACGGAUAUUAAUAUUUUGAUUUGGGCGAGUGCUAAAAUUUCAGCUGAAGUUUCAACAAUUCGUGCUGCAGUAUCCAUGUUUGCCAGAGAUUUUGCAAAUUAUUAUUAA